CUCUUCCACUUUGAAAAAUACAAUGUACCAAACAAAAACAAGGACAGCUAAGCUUGCCUCCUCGGCUACAGUUACAGUUCGGAUUCCAGUUGCAGUUCCUGCCUCUGCCUGGCAUUCUUCACUAAUAAGCAAUAACCAGACCUAAAUGGAACUGAUCUCCCUCUUCCCUACCUGUCAUCAAAACCCCACUGCCAUUCUACUCCGCGAGCCUCUCCUCUCCAUUCCCAUCACAAAGAGGAGGCUGUCCAACGUAAAUUCAGGUGCGCUGAAAUGUCGCUCCUCACCGUCUUCCGCUGAUGAUGAGACUACAAAACCAACCUCACUAUCUUUGCACCAGGAGGGAAGGAGGGCACUCGUUGCUUCUCUUCUUUCAACUGCUGUUGGGAUUUAUGUCUGUGAUGUGGCCGAGGCUGCUAGCACGAGUAGAAGAGCUCUUAGAGCAUCCAAAAUACCGGAGAGUGACUUCACAACCCUCUCCAAUGGUCUGAAGUACUAUGACUUGAAGGUCGGGGGUGGACCUAAGGCUGUGAAGGGAUCUCGGGUUGCAGUUCACUAUGUUGCCAAGUGGAAGGGAAUCACGUUUAUGACUAGUAGACAGGGACUCGGUGUUGGAGGUGGAACGCCUUAUGGAUUUGACGUGGGCCAAUCUGAGAGGGGAGCGGUCCUUAAAGGAUUAGAUCUUGGGGUUGAAGGCAUGCGUGUAGGAGGCCAGCGUUUGCUAAUAGUUCCUCCUGAGCUAGCAUAUGGUAGUAAGGGAGUACAAGAAAUUCCUCCAAAUGCAACCAUAGAGUUGGAUGUUGAACUGCUGGCCAUCAAGCAAAGCCCCUUUGGGUCUCCCGUAAAAGUUAUUGAAGGUUAAUGCAUAUAUUGCUUGGCAUGCUGGUUGUUCAUGAUUUGAGCUUUUGUAUCGACCAGAUUGCUUCUGCACUUCGCCUCAAAGAGAACUGAAUCUGCUGGCAUAAGCUGGUACAAAUACGUUAUCAGCGUAGCCAUAAAUGCACUGAUAACCUGUAUAAAUCCCACUCUCCAUCCUAUCUUCUCGUUGUGUUCUUUUUUUAUUGUUUUAUUCUCCGAGCAAGUUGCUUGUGCUAUUGGGUAUGAAAAUGUUAGAUGCUAAGUAUUCUUUUUUUUU